GUGUGUGUGUGUGUGUGGCGGACAGGGCGCGUCCAGCGGGACUCUGGAGGAGUUUUGAGUCCACGCCUUCGUCACCUUCGGCUUCAUCACCGCUGCGUUCUCAUCCACUCCGGACACACAAACCCGUCAACUAGAAGGGUUCUCCAUGGCGACAGUCCCUCUACGUCCUCACUUUGCAGUUCUUCUUCUGUUGCUCGAUCUCCUGACCGCAUCGCCCACCGCUCAAGAUGAUCUGCUGGUCAACACUAAGCAUGGGAAAGUUCAAGGGAAGUUGCUUCCAGUGCUGGGUGGUAAUGUCAGAGCAUUUCUUGGAAUUCCGUACGGAAAACCACCCCUAGGAAAAUUGAGAUUCAGAGCUCCAGAGCCAGUAGAGAGAUGGGAAGGGGUGAGAGAUGCCACCGCAUUCCCGCAUUCCUGCUACCAGAUACUAGAUACAACUCAUCCAGGGUUCCAUGGUGCAGAGAUGUGGAACCCAAACACUCCUCUGAGUGAGGACUGUCUUUACCUUAAUGUGUGGGCCCCACAUUUCAAUAAAACCCAGCCUCAGCCCUCACCACUGGCUCCUGUUCUCGUCUGGAUCUAUGGAGGCGGUUUCUCUUCGGGAACAUCCUCUCUGGAAAUGUAUAACGGCCACUUCCUGAGUAAAUCUGAGGGUGUUGUUGUAGUGUCAAUGAAUUACCGACUUGGAGCAUUGGGUUUCCUGUCUCUUCCUGACAACGAGAACAUCCGAGGCAAUGCAGGUCUGCUGGACCAGCGCUUAGCCCUCCAAUGGGUUGCCAAUAAUAUCGCUGCUUUUGGAGGUGACCCUUCAAAGGUGACUCUCUUUGGGGAGAGUGCUGGGUCAGCAUCUGUGGGCUUUCACCUGUUGUCCCCAGGGAGCCAUGGUCUUUUUCAAAGGGCUGUGAUGGAGAGUGGCUCUCCUAAUGCAUGCUGGGCCACAACUAGCCAGACUGAGUCCUGGAACAGGGCCUUGGUGCUGGCGACGUCACUGGGAUGUCCCGAGUCCAAUUCAGCCAAACUUGAAGCUUGUCUGCAGCAGGCUGAUCCUGGGAAAAUUGCAUUGCAGCAACAUGAUGUCCUCACUACGCCUUCACUCUUAGGCCUGCCCUUUGCCCCUGUCGUUGAUGGGGACUUCCUGUCAGAUAAACCUGAAGUGCUGUUGAGUACCGGUAACCUCCCAAAGAAAGAGUUGCUUCUUGGCGUAAACAAGGAUGAGGGGACGAUUUUCAUAAUUAAUGUGCCUGGAAUUAACAUUACUGGUCAGAGUCUCAUCACCAGGAAUGAGUUUCUGCACGGAGUGACCCUUACAAUGGAAGAUGCAAGUGAUGUCACAAGAGAGACGGCCAUUCUCCAGUACACUGAUUGGACAGAUGAGAAUAACAGGAUGAAAAACCGUGAUUUACUGGGUAGUCUUGUUGGAGACCAGCUGUUUGUUUGUCCUGCGCUAGAGUUUGCUCAAAGGUACUCACAACAUGGUGGGAAGACUUUUCUCUAUUUAUUUGACCACCGGUCGUCCAUCAACCCUUGGCCAGCAUGGAUGGGCGUUAUGCACGGCUAUGAGAUUGAAUUUGUCUUUGGAAUGCCUCUGAAUGCAUCCCUGGGGUACACGAAGGCUGAAGUGAACAUGACUAAGAAGAUCAUGAAACACUGGGCCAACUUUGCUCGCACAGGGGAUCCAGGGAUUGACGGAGUUCAGUGGCCUGCGUUCACCCCUCAACAGCAGGAGUAUGUCACUCUGAACACCAACCCACCAGAACCAAAGACAAUGAUGAGAGCUCAAGAGUGUCAACUCUGGAACAAAUUAAUACCACGUGUACAGAGAGUCUCAGAUGACCUCAAAUCUUGUAUAAAAGCAAAUGGGAUUAUAAUUUGCUGUAAUUAUGGAUUCCUUCUCAUUUUACUCGUUGCUGGUUUACUGGUUUACUAGAGUGAAGCGAACUUUCAACACAGUUUGAAUGAAUCCACAUGAUUGAACAAAAUUUAAAUCUACUAAUUUUGUAAAUAAUUAAUUUGAUUAGACUAUUAUUGUUUUUUAUUAAUUGAAUAGAUUGAAUUCAGCAGCAGUAUAUGUUUGUCAUGUAAUUGAACCCUUAUCACUAAUACAGUACUUCAAAUGUGUUAUUUAUAAUUUUGCCAACUUCUUAAUACUGUUGGGUAUAUUAUCUGUAACAACCAUGUUUUGCAUGUUUGUUUAAUUGACGUGUGUGAAUACAAAAAGAAUACCACAAAAAAGUUUUAUGAACACAAAGAAAAAAUAAAGUUUUUUGCACUAUUCCUGGAAAAAAAAUUGGAAUUGAAACAUGAAUGUAACAAAGUCUAUUAUAAACAAUUCCACACAGCAUACAAAUGAUUGUUUCACCUGCCACCACUUGUGACUCAGGUUAGAAUUUAUUGUUAGUAAUCCAGUAGACUACAUCAAAAACAUCACAAGCGCAAUCUUGGAUGCUGUAUUUAUAUUUGCAUUAAUCAUUAAAGGGCAUGUAUCGACAAUUAAAGAUGUGGAUAUAAGAUUGA